CGAUACCCUAAGGUAGUCGACAUACCAAAUUCAAACUAGCGGCAGCCUAGCCAUCACACCCUGAUGCGUCAGCAGGCUUCUGCACAAAUAUUUCAUACCUUGUUCAUUGAGCUUACGAAUCUUCUAGGUCUUUGCCCCUAUUUAUGAGGGGAACAAAAACAUCGUAAUCUUGCUCGAAGAGCACAAGUAGCCACCAUGAGCAUCCAUCCGAGGUGUGCUGGCGACGUAACCUUCAACACACUCGCAUCCAAUGCAUUCUCCGAAUGGCCGGAGUCCAUCGCCGGCAUAAUAUGCAAGACUCCACCCGUCGGCCGCAACAGUGCCCCGCACUUUGCGGACUGCUGCUCCGGCACAGUCUACAACAUCACGAGCCCGACGUCGCCCGACAACAAAGCGUACCCAGUCUCGUGCGCUACCUUUUGUCAAAUCAGUCCGAAGAUGAAUGCCGACAAUGUGAAUAAUCCCUACGGGUUCAACGACCACUUCAUGUGUCUCACCGACGGCACAAGGGAGCCCUCUUCCUGGGAGGUUGUCUGCGCCACAGUGACACUGCCAGGUGUGGCAUGGCCUUCGACUUUUCCCAGCACACCUGUUCUCUCAUGGAAGACGAGGUCUUGGACGACCGAUAUCUACUCGCGUAUCAGUGAGGUGACGUCUGUCGUUUAUAGCCAGACUGCAUCGCCCACCCCGACGGUCACGACAGAUAUCGCGAUAACUUCGUCGUCUCAAAGAGUCUCUAUCUCAACGUCUGACUCAAGCGCGACAUCCACAUCGCCGACUACAGCGUCAUCCACACAAACGAGCACGGUUGUGGCGACACCUACGGGGAGCGGUGCCGCCGACGGCGCAAGAAUACAUGCGAAGCAACUCAUGUUGAGCGUCCUGCUCCUCAUAAGCGCUCUUUGUCGCGCUUAAACCUAUCAUCUUGAGCGAUCGAGUCAAGAGGGUUGCUGUCAAAGGUUUUGGCCAUGUAUUCAUUAGUCGCAACGGGCUGUUCGUCGCUCAUAUCGGAACUCUCUCCUCGCUGUGACUCGCAGUUCAAGCUUAAAGCCAAGGACUAAGAUUGGGGUGGCUGGUCACAGUAUACUGGGUAUUAUGUAGUGGUCCGUGAUUAAUAUGAGCAACUUUGCUUGGACAACCUUGUCCAGACAUCAAGGUGAAACCCGACGGCAAUCGGGAUAGAUUAGGUUGCCAAGCUUCAAGACAAGCAUUCUUCUUGGCAGAAGGUACAAGGGUAAUGGAAGCUAGGAUGAUG